GUAGAGAAUGGUACUAUUGACAAGGAAACCAAAGUGGUUCCAUAAUUUUAUACAUUUCCCACUUGCCACCCCCAACUGCACCCCCACAAAUAUAUCAAUCAAAACUCUCUCUUGGCCCAUACAAACCACAAGUGUUACAGAUCUUCUUCUACUUAUAAUUUUUCCUUUUUUCUUUUUACAGAUAGAUCCAUUGAUUGCUAGAGAGAGAGAGAGAGAGAGAGAGAGAUAAUCUCAGACAUGCUCACUUGAUCUCACCUUACUAGCCAUUUUAUUGCACUCUCUCGCCAACAUUCUCUUAUAUCUGCUUCACACCAACACACUCUGUCUCAAACAAAAAAAAAAAAUUAUACCCCUUUUUGAUUCACAUCCAUCUCUCUCCUUGCACCAAGAUCCAAAGCCUAAUUACUAAAUUCUGUUAUCUUGAUUGUAGUUUCUGUGUUUUUGGUUUUGAUUUUUAGAGAUGGGUUUGAGUACUAAACAGGUUUCUAGUGACGGGCAUGAUUGGGGGGACAGUUUGUUGCAGUCCGGUAGUGCUUUGGAGAUUCCUAAGCCUCCGGUAGCGGUGGCGAGGCGGCUACAACUGCGGCAUCAGCAAUCAGAGCCACUGGCAUGUCCAAGAUGUGGAUCUAAAAACACAAAGUUCUGUUACUACAAUAAUUACAACGAGUCUCAGCCUAGACAUUUUUGUAAAGCUUGCAAGAGGCACUGGACUAAAGGUGGUACUCUCCGAAAUGUCCCCGUUGGCGGUGGCCGGAAAAACAAGCGGCUCAAGACUGCCACCACCACCACCUCCACUACCACCGCAACCACCACCGCCACCACCGCCACCGCCUCUAGUAGGAGUAAUACCCACGUGGGUAUUCAAAAUCAGCAAGAACUUGGUGGUGACCAGAAGAACAUCUCUGAAAUUCUUUAUCACGCUUUCAUUCAUCCACCACAUGACUCAAUUAAUGGUUCUGGCAAUUUCAAUCUGAAAAGUUUCAGUGGCAACAAUGGAAACUUUUUGGGUUCAACUCUACCAUUCACAUUCUCAAGUUUGAGCUCUUUUGAGAGUGACCCAUCUUCAAUUCCCACCUCUUUUCGGUCUUCGGAUUGUUACGAGUUCACCGGAGGGUUGGCUUUUAUGGAGGAGGAGGACAGAACCAUCACCACCUUCAUCCCCACCACAACAAGCAUUGCUACUCAGCCAUGGCAAGUUGUUCCAACCACAAGCAGUGUCAUGGACAUGCCAAACUACUGGAAUUGGGAUGAUAUUGAUACAUUGGUAUCAACUCAAGAGCUCAACAUACCUUGGGAUGAUCAUGAUACUGAUUUAAACCCUAAAUCCUAAAGAAAAUCUGAUAUAUUAUUAUCAGUGUCUGUCUAUGUAUAGAUCAGUUUGUGUUAAUUGGUGUCUGUCUUUGAUGGGUUGUUCUCUUUUCUUUUGUUUCAGUCUUCUUCUUAGAUGUUUCACAAGGUUUUGUCAGAAAAUCGAAUCGAUAUUGGUCGCGGUGUAGAUUGGUAUCUGGAAUAUCGAACAAUAUCGGUUGACCUGGUCAUCAAUUUUCUAAAUCAUCAGCUGCAAAAAUAAGAAAGGAAUUUUUUUUUUUUUUAUAGCAGCCAAACUGGCUAUAUCAACUGUGAAUUGGAUCAUGAAUCGACUUGAUCUGAUUUUCAUUUCUACCAGUAUACCGAGGUGUGUUGAUAUUGGGAAGCCGAAAAACCGAUCUAGCCUAUAUUUAAAAUAAUGAAGUAACUCUCGUAUGUCCAUGUGUAUUUGUAUUGAGUUUGAGUGAAAACAUCUAUCGUAGUCCCUCUCAAUCUGUAAUUAUUAUAGUGAAAUGUAUACUGUUUGAAGCAGUCCUUUUUAGAAUUUCCGCUUUUUCAACGUAUGUGUCCAUUAAUUGUC